AGAAUGCAAAGAUAUUUGGAAUGAUGGAUAAAGAUAAAUGCAACAGUAGUCGCCGAGUCUCCAAUGUUGACUCACUGAUUGAAAAGCUAAAGUUGGAGAUCUCGCGUGAAUCUGAAGAUGAUUUUAUUACCACCAGAAGAUUGACAAUACAAUCAACAUCAAAUACGCAUGAAGUGAAUGACGAAGUCAAAAAUGAUCCUCCCCACGAUAUCGAUAAAGAAAUCACCGACUUAGAAAACCUCAUAAAAAGGCUUCAAGCCGAAAUAGUAGAUAUGACAGAAAGUGCCAGCAGACCAUUGAAAGACUACUACCCUGAUGUCUCGAAUGAAGAUGUUAGUGACAGCAAAACCAUAAAACACGUAAAACCGACAUUCCAUGAUGAAGAUGAGUUAAAAAAAAACGUCGAUGACGCGCCGAAAAGUUCAGUCGACAAUCACUAUUAUCCAGUCAUUUUAAAAGAUGAAAGUACUUUUGAAGCUAAGUUGUUAGCGAACGAGUCGUCAAACACAGAAACCGUUUCUGAAGACUCUAACAGUAAGAAGGAUACGAUGGAUGACGUGAGGAAAAAUUUCUCUAUGUUAUGGGACGAUGUGCCACAGCCAGGUGACGGUGAUUUACAUAUAAACGAAGAACCAGUACCUGAUAGUAAUGGUGUACCUACAAAUGAACUGAAUGAUUCAACAGUAGACAUAUCACUAAAUACAUAUGGUGAGCAAAUAGAAAACAAUGUUGUUGAACAUUCAGACGACGAAAACAUCAUUAAGAAUCCCAAAGAAUAUCCCGAACCUGUUUCGAAGAAACAAAGUAAAAGGUCAAUAAACAUCCAAAAAUUCGAACAUGACACUAACAAAUCUGAUCUCCCUGGCAACGACGAGCAAUUAGGUAGUGCCAAAGAGUCGAAAAAAAAGAAAAGACAUAAGUCUGAUAGUCAUACAGAAGUGGUAGAGAAAGAGGUUGGUGUAGUCCACAAAUCUGACAGUACUGUCCAUGUGCAAGAAGUAAAAGAUAGUGUCAAUACGGAAGCCAGCGCACACAAAGUUGUUAUUAAUGAGGCUCCUAAGCCCGAGUCCAAAAAAAUUACUAGUGAAAGCACACCUAAAUCAAGCACUAGAGACUUAUUCAGAAAGAUUCGUAAAAUAGUGAGUCGAGAUAGUGCAAGGUCUAGUCAUAGACAACUCCCAAUAGAAAACCCAAAGAAUUCUAAAGCACCACAGACUACUGAGGACGAAAGAAAGAAUAAAGAGGAAAGCCCUGCUCAAUCGAGCAGAACAGAUGAACACCAAAUGCCAGGAGUAGUCAAUAGUACAACAUUACCAGGUACAGAUAAAAAAAGCAAAGAUUUAAUCAAACACGUUAGCAAUAUGUCACCUAACAUAAGUAAAGAAGAUCUCAUCACUGUGCAUGAUCCUUCCAAGUCUGUGGCAGAAACUGAUCGACCGAACGUUAUAGAAAACGUUAUAGAAACAAAUACAGUAGUCACAGAAGAACCAAAAAGUUCAGUUAUUACUAAAACCGAGACUGAACAAGUUGUGACCGCCGAUAAAUCGUCACCUGUAAACCCUAUAAGUCCUUUGAUCCCAAGCACUCACAGCUCAAUUCCUCCAUCCUUCAGCAAGGAACUUACAGAAGAUAUAAAGCAACAAGUUAUGAAAGUUGAAACAGCAGUUGUAGAAGAUAAAACGGCGACAAAAGAUUCGGCGAAAGAAACUUCAGAAGUAGAAGAAGACGUAUUUAGUGAUUCAGAGGAUCAUCAAGAUGACAAUGACGAGUUUCAAGACUUACCUCAAGAAGAUGACGAAGAUGACAAUGAGGACGAUGAUGACGACGACGAAGAAGAAGAGGAUGAAAAAGAAAAGAAUCCAUAUGAUGUGGACUAAACAAUAACAGAAUUAAAAUGUGCAAUAAACCGGUGCUUUUUUGCAA